AUGGUUCGUGGUAUUUAUGAUAAUCGAUCUGCACGAGAUGAAUUUGUGUUACUUGGCAAAGAAGUUGCAAAUGGCGUUCGAAAUUUAAAUACCGACUAUGCUCGGAAAACAAUUAAAUUUAAAAUUCAAACUAUGCUUUAUGAAGCCUCACUAGGUCACUAUGAUUUUCCACCUAAUAUGCAAAACUAUUCUCUUCAUUCUUACAAUAUGGGUGCCACAGAACAAAUUAACGAUAUUGGUCCAUCAACAUCAGCUACGAUAGUUAUACCUGAUCCAAAAGAAACCAAUAGCGAUAUGAAUCGUCCAUCCGAUAUAUUGUCCCAAUCACUUGCCUUUAUGAAUGAUUUUUAA